AUGGCACCGUUCGGCAAGAUCUACUCCUACCCAGGCAACCCGCGCACCACCGCCAUCCUCGCCGUCGCCAAGGCCAACGGGCUCGAGCUCGAGCAAGUGCAUGAGGAGCCGGCGAAGGGCGUGAGCGAUGACUACCGCCUGCUCAACAAGCUCGGCAAGGUGCCCACCUUCCAAGGCACCGACGGCUACGUCUUGACCGAGUGCAUGGCCAUUGCCAUCUACAUCACCUCGCAGAACGAAAAGACGACCCUUCUCGGCAAGACCAAGCAAGACUACGCCUCCAUCCUCCGCUGGAUGUCCUUCGCCAACACCGAGCUCCUCCCCUCCCUCGGCGGCUGGUUCCGCCCCCUCAUCGGCCGCGACCCGUACAACAAGAAGAACGUCGACGACAGCCAAAAGGCCACCGCGCUCAAGGUCAACGUCCUCGAGGAGCACCUCCUCGUCAACACCUACCUCGUCUCCGAGCGCCUGACCCUCGCCGACCUCUUCACCGUCUCCAUCAUCUCCCGCGGCUUCCAGUUCUUCUUCGACAAGGAAUGGCGCAAGGCGCACCCCGGCGUCACGCGCUGGUACGAGACGGUGUACAACCAGGACAUCUACAGCAGCGUCGCGUCGAAGUUGGAGUUCAUCGAGACGGCCAUCCCAAACCAGCCGCCGAAGAAGGAGAAGGAGGAGAAGCCGAAGCAGGAGCCGAAGCCCAAGGAUCAGCCGAAGAAGCAGGAGAAGAAGAAGGAUGCCGAUGAGGAGGAGGAUGAGGAGGAGGACAAGCCCGCGCCGAAGCCCAAGCACCCGCUUGAGGCGCUGCCGAGGGCCACAUUUAUUCUUGAUGACUGGAAGCGCAAAUACUCCAACGAAGAGACGCGCGAGACGGCCCUGCCCUGGUUCUGGUCCAACUGCAACUUCGACGAAUACUCCAUCUGGCAAGUGGACUACAAGUACAACGACGAGCUGACCAUGACCUUCAUGACCUCCAACCUCAUCGGCGGCUUCUUCGCCCGCCUGGAGGGCAGCCGUAAGUACCUCUUCGGCGCCUGCAGCGUCUUCGGCGUCACCAACGACUCCGUCGUCCGCGGCGCCUUCGUCGUCCGCGGCCAGGACGCCCUGCCCGCCUUCGACGUCGCCCCCGAUUACGAGAGCUACGACUUUAAGAAGUUGGACCCCAAGAGUGAGGCCGAUCGCGCGUUUGUGGAUGACAUGUGGGCGUGGGAUAAGCCGAUCGAGGUCGGCGGCAAGACGUAUGAGUGGGCGGAUGGGAAGGUGUUCAAGUAG